CGCAACAACAACGACUUGAGCGUCGAGAUCCAAAAUCGGGGAGUCGUCAGCAGAGCCUCAAAGCGGCGCCAUCGGGAGCUGGCACUUACAGAACGUCGAUGAUAAUGGCAGAUAUACAACCUCACCCAGCAUGGCCCCAACGAACGCAAUGAACAACUGGGCGUCGAGUGCGGGACCCUCGAACUCUCGACCAAGUCGAACGUCGGAGGAUCGCGGCCAUGGCAAUGCCCACAGCAGGCCGUACGAGCACGGGGACGACGAGUCGGACGAGUUGGACCUCCUGGGCGACGAUCCGGACCCUAGCAAUGCCGCCGCUGCCGACGACGGCGACCCGACCGCCAUCCUGCGGGACGACCCCCUCCAGACCGACCUCUCCUCCCCGCUCACCUUCAAACGCAGGCAGAAACAAUCCCACUUCCUCUCCCAACCCGGCCGUAUCCUCAACAGGCUCGUCGGCCGUCACUAUUUUUCUUCUUCUCCCCGAAACAGCCAGGACCUCCCCCGACCCCUCCCCCGGACAACAAGACCAGCGACACCGGGGACGACGACCGACCCGUCCGUCAACCUCAACCUGAACACCCUCCUCCCGUCGAACGACAAUCCCGACCAGACGGCCGCCCCCCACUACAAAGACCUGGCCUCUGCCCACCCGCACCACCCACACGACUGGUACGCCGAGGGGCCCGGCCGGCGCGUCGGCUACGAGGACCUGACGGCCAUCGACUGGAUCUUCGAGUACACGAAGGAGCGGCAGCGGCAGCGGGCCCUGCGCGCCCGCACCGCCGCGCUGCACGUCCCGCUGCUGGGCCACCUGCAGCGCCUGCUCGACGCCAGCCAGGUCUGGGUCGUGUUGCUGCUGUCCGGGGUCGCCGUCGGCGCGCUGGCCGCCGCCAUCGACGUGGCCACCGACUGGCUGGGCGACGUCAAGUACGGCUUCUGCAGCGGCGACGUCGACGGCGGCCGCUUCUACCUCGGCCGCACCGCCUGCUGCCUCGGCUACGACGAGGGCAGCCAGUGCCGCGGCUGGAGGAGGUGGGGGCAGGUUUUGGGCGCCCGCGAGGGGGGCGCGACCUGGUUCGCCGAGGGGGCCGUCUACUUGUGUUUGGCGGUCACCUUUGCCCUCUCGUCGGCGGUCUUGGUCAAGGAGUAUGGCAUCUACGCGAGACACAGCGGGAUACCGGAGAUCAAGACGGUGCUGGGGGGGUUCGUGAUCAGGAGGUUCCUAGGGGUAUGGACCUUGAUCACCAAGUCGCUGGGUCUGGUUCUGGCUGUGGCAUCUGGCAUGUGGCUAGGAAAGGAGGGACCGUUGGUGCACGUCGCUUGUUGCUGUGCCAACAUCUUUACCAAGCUGUUUCCCAGCAUUAACAAUAAUGAAGCGCGGAAGCGAGAGGUGCUGUCCGCGGCUGCGGCCUCUGGCAUCUCCGUCGCCUUUGGCUCGCCCAUCGGCGGCGUCUUGUUCUCUCUCGAGCAACUCUCCUACUACUUCCCCGACAAGACGAUGUGGCAAAGCUUUGUGUGUGCCAUGACGGCCGCCAUGGUGCUGCAGGCAUUUGACCCCUUCCGGUCCGGGAAGCUUGUCUUGUACCAGGUGACGUACACUUCCAACUGGCACGGCUUCGAGCUCGUCCCAUUCGUACUGCUGGGCGUCCUCGGAGGCGUCUACGGCGGGCUGUUCAUAAAGGCCAACAUGGCGGUUGCGAGGUGGAGGAAGUCCACCCCGUGGUUGCCUGGGCCUGUAGCACAGGUCGUCAUCGUAGCCAUCCUCACUGCCCUCAUCAACUACCCCAACCGCUAUAUGCGGUCACAGAACUCCGAGCUGGUGUCGGAUCUCUUCUCCCAAUGUUCCGAGAUGCUUGACGACCAAUUCGGGCUAUGCAAGACCGGCGCCGCUUCCGCCGCCAACAUUCUCCUGCUGCUCCUCGCCGCGAUCCUAAGCUUUGGCCUCGCGGCCGUCACAUUCGGCCUGCAGAUUCCCGCCGGCAUCAUCCUGCCGUCCAUGGCCAUCGGCGCUCUCACGGGGCGCGCCGUCGGCAUCAUCAUGGAGAUCUGGCAAACCAACCACCCCAAAUUCAUCGCCUUCCACUCCUGCGAGCCCGACAUCCCCUGCAUCACCCCGGGCACCUACGCCAUCAUCGGUGCUGCUGCCGCGCUGGCCGGCGUCACUCGCUUGACCGUCUCCAUCGUGGUCAUCAUGUUCGAGCUUACCGGCGCGCUCACGUACGUGCUCCCCAUCAUGAUCGCCGUCAUGAUCUCCAAAUGGGUCGGCGACGCCUUCUCGCGGCGAGGCAUCUACGAGUCGUGGAUCCACUUCGACGAGUACCCCUUCCUCGACCUGUCGGAGGAGACGACGCCGAUCCCGGACAUGCCGGCGUCCCAGAUCAUGACCCGGGUCGAGGACCUCGUCGUGCUCACGGCCACGGGCCACACCAUCGCCUCCCUGUCGUCCAUCCUCGACGCGCACCCCUACCGCGGGUUUCCCGUCGUCUCGGACCCGCGCGACGCCAUCCUGCUCGGCUACAUCUCCCGCGCCGAGCUGGCCUACACCCUGCACGCGGCCACCCGCCCGCCGCGCUCGCUGCCCCCGGAGACGGAGGCCUUCUUCGCGCAUCAGCCGAUGGCGGACCCCCGCACGACGCUGGACCUGCGGCCGUGGAUGGACCAGACCCCGCUGACGCUGCCGAGCGGGUGCCGGCUGCAGCUGGCCGUGAGCUACUUCCAGAAGCUCGGACUGCGCUACGUGCUGUUUGUGGACCGCGGCGUGCUGCAGGGGCUGCUCACCAAGAAGGACGUCUGGUACGUCCUCAACGGGGCCGAGGAGACCAGGCGGACGAGCGGGACGGCGGGCGCGGGGGACGGCGGCGUGGGUGCGGGUCGCGGCGGAGCGCACCUGGGCCUGGCGAGGGAGCAUGGGGAGACGGAAGAGGAGGGAGAGGAGAGCGCGGGCUUGCUGAGGGCCGUCGGGCUGGCGGAGGAGACGGGACUGGCCAGCCCUGGAGUGGAUAGGGGAAGCAUAUUAUAGAGAGAGUGGCUGGCGUGAUGCUUUUUGGCCGUUUCAUCUUUGGCCCGCUUCACUUUGGACGAAGCAGAUAGAUCCAUAAAUAAUACCCGAGGCGCAGCGCAAUACCUCGCAAGCUUGGCCCAAUGAUCAUCGCACCCUUUUGCCUGCACAUCCUCCGCAACCUU